AUGGAGCGAGGACAAGUUAAAUCAAGAAUUCCAACAGGAUCAAGGAUUCCCAGAAGAUCAUCGGCCAGUCAGGAGACUGGAGUUAGGCCGGGAAAACAUCGUUCUUCAAACAAAGGUGUUCAGAAUGCAAGCGAACAACAAUCGGAAGAAAAUCAUAAAAUAUGGUUUUUGAACUACAAUGACCCGAACGUUGAGAGGAUUGAGGACGAAACUCCGCCGAUGCUGGUACCUAGUGAUAUCCAGGUCUCGUAUGGGGAUUUCAUUGAUUCGAAUACAGAGUGGAUCGAGGAUAUAACUCCGCCGCAGCUCGUUCCUAGUGAUAUCCAGGUAUGGUUUGGGAAUUUAAUUGAUUCGAAUGCAGAGUUGAUCGAGGAUAUAACUCCGCCGCAGCUCGUUCCCAGUGACACACAUCUGGAGGAUGACAUCGAUGAUGUGUGUGACUGGGAACCAGGAGAUAUUCCAGAGAUCAAUUAUGCAAUUUUUAAGCGGAUAAAAGCUGAGAGAGAUCUCUGCAAAAUGAAGGCGGAGAACGAAAAACUUCAGCAGGAAAAUCAGCGACUGAAGGCAAAAACAGGCGUAAGCCUAAUAAGUCGAUGCUGCUUCCGGUUCCUACUGUUCAUGGUGGGCGAGGUGGCGGAAUCGAUUUUCAGCUCAUUUUAAAUUAAUCGUAUGAACUGAAUGUGGUGGUGGAUGUUUGUGUGUGUUAUGUUUGGCUUUCUUCUUGUUGCAAGUUGUUAUUUUGUUUUGUUCUGUUUUCGUUAUACCAUUCCAUGUAGCAGAUUUUACUUCAGCUUUUGUUAUACGUUUAGUUGAUUUUAUGCGUUUGUUUUCAUGUUCAUAUUUAUGUUUUGUUUUCAUGUUAGCAUUUUUGUUGUUAUGCUAUUUGCAUUGGGUUUUUCGAUAGGAUUUUCGUUGUUGGAUUCAAUAUAAUAUUUUUACAUCAUUUUUUCAGUUGCCUGUUAGGAUUUUGUUAUUCUAUUCACAUAUAAUUUAUUUAUUGGACUUUUUCGUUGAAGAUUUCAUUGAUAUUCUCUUCUCUUGCAUGAAAUGAUUUGAGUUCCUGUUCAAGCAAGUUUAAGACCGUGAACAAGCGAAUCCUGAGAAGCGUAGGAUCAAGCAACACGAAUGAUAUUUAAUGUAAGUAUUCAUUCCAUUUAUACCUUUUGCUAAUUUUUAACAGAAUUAUUCCUUAUAGAUUGAAGACCACACCGAGGGACGUAUGUACUUAUGGA